UCAUGCACCUCAGAAACCCUAAAUUCCUCUGAUCCUUUUCUCCUUCUCAUUAUCUUUUUUGGGGAAGAAAUAAAACACCGCCACCCCACCCCAACCCUCCAACCCGGCCCCAUACCACACUCAGAUCGAAAGACCGACCUUGUCUGGUUGGUGCGGCGGCUUCCUUCUAUUGCCGCUGUCACCACCACUACCUCCGUAUUAAGAACACACACACACAUAUACACAUACAUAAACCUUAUACCAUACAUUCAAUACCAUACACCAACACGUACGUACGUGCAUGCAUUUGGUUAAUCAAGCAACCUCAUCGUUUGUUUAAUUAAUUUUUAGUUACGUAAAAAUGAAGGACGAGAAUUUACACGGACGGAAGAUGUCGUCAUCGUCGCCAUCACUAUCCCUUUCGUCCUCCUCCGAGGAGCUCCAGCACAUGCCGCUGGUGCCACCCAAGAUGUUGAACCGGAAGCGCCUGAGCAAGCAGCUGUCCAUGUGCGAGACGCCUAGGGACAUCGCCUGGGAGAGGCGGCGGCGCCAGAUUCUCAGCCAGGAGAGGAGGAUGCACGGGAUCAGAGACUCCGAAGACAUGCAUCUGACCGACGAGGACUUGCAUGAACUCAAAGGGUGCAUUGAGCUAGGGUUUGGGUUCAAUGAGGAGGAAGGUCAGAGGUUGAGCGCUACCUUGCCCGCUCUUGACCUUUACUUCGCUGUCAACCGCCAGUAUUCCCUGAGCCCCGUGUCCACGCCGAAUAGCGCUAGCUCCCGCCAUUCUACGUCGUCAAUGGGUGGACAUUCCUUGUCGUUUGGAAGCCCUACGAGCGAUACCGAUGCAUGGAAGAUAUGCAGUCCAGGUGAUAAUCCUGAACAGGUGAAGACCAAAUUGAGGCAUUGGGCACAAGCUGUGGCUUGUUCAGUGAUCCAGUCUUCCUGAAGAGUGGAAUCAUCAUCAGAUGGCUUUGCUUGUACAGAGGACUAAAAAGCAAAAGCAAAAACAUGAAAAAAAGAGGUUGUUCUUGUUCAUGAGUGAGUGGUGCAGUUUAAGGAAAUUGAAGUGUGAGAUGGCUUUGCUUGUACAGAGGAAACUAUUUAUACUUUCUAGAGAGAGAGAGAGAGAGAGAGAGAAUUCUACAGGGAAAAAAAGGAGAAAGGAGAUCGAGAGGAGGAAGAAGAUCGAUCGAGGUCGGCUUAAGGUUAUGCUUAAUAAGGAUUUCUUGAUUAAAUUGUGCUACUAGUUACCAUCUAAGAGAGAUUGAACAUGUUAAGCAGCAUGUAUGCAAAAAACUGCAAAUUAGAAGGAUCUAUUGGCACUCAUCAGACCCUUCUGGUUGGUUUGGUUGGAGGAUUAACGUAUAUAAUUUUCUAAUUACUUUUAUAAUCCAAUUAAAUUUCUCUUGGGUGCUCUGCACAGCACUUUUAUCAUGUAAGAUAUCUUUGUUGGGACACAUAGAGAGUUGAUGAUGUAUAUUGGGGACAUCUAACAUGCAACCACACCAGUAGCACAUCCGGCCUCAUCGAUCAAAUAUGAAAGUGGAAUUGGAGGAAUGUACUGUAUAUGAAACAAUUACCUUUA